AGCUGCAACGGAGAUCAGCAGAUUGCAUGCUUGCUAUUGAGCAUCCCGUCGGUAUCAGUAUAUAUUAUAGCUUUGCUGCCAAUCCGAAUAGUCACGGAAAUCACCCAGUGAAAGGUAUCCCUCACGGUCAGGAGCUGGCAGGGACGCAGACAGUAGAUGGUCCUUGCGAGCUCGAUCCAAAUAUGGAUCAGAGAGAAAGUCGCUAGUCUAGCCACGCUCCCAAGACUCACCCGUUGCAUAUAGAGAGGUCUGUCACAGUUGCUGCUAGUCCUGAGUCCCCUCCUCAAUUGACGACUCUGCACCUCGAGCACAAUUUUAGCUUAAUUGCGCUUGUGAUCCCGCGUCGUCGAAUCUCCGCGCGCAGCAGCAGCGGAGGAGCAUCGACUAGUCCGGCCGGC